GGGAGGCUGGGGAGGCUAGAGGAGUGAAGAGGCAGCAGAAAGAAGGCGAGAAGGGAAGAGGGUGCAGAGGAGGAGAAAGGGCAAAGAGAAGAGCACUUGGGUGGGAAGUAGAGACUCAGAGGAGAGAGAAAGAGAGAGAGAGAGAGAGAGAGGAGGGAAGGAGCUAGCAGGGAUGAAGUUACAGGGGUCCCUGGCCUGCCUCCUGCUAGCCCUGUGUCUGGGCUGUGGGGAGGCUGGGCCACUGCUGACUGGAGGGCAGGGUGCUGGAGUGGCAGCUGGGGAGGCUGUUGGCCAAGGGGCUGGAGAGGCAGCCAGCUCUGGAGUGAGGGGGGCCAUGGACCCCGGAGUGGGAGAGGCCAUCUACCGAGGGGUUGGGGAAGCAGUCCAUUCUCUUGGGAACACUGGGGGUGAGGCUGGCAGACAGGCUGAGACCGUCAUUCGGCAAGGAAUGGAUGCCGUCCAUGGCGCCUGGCAGGGGGCACCUGGCAGCAAUGUCCCUGGCUCCUGGCAGGGGGCACCUGGCAGCAACAGUGGCACCUGGGGAUCAUCUGGCGGCCAUGGCUUUCAGGGUGGCAUCAGUGGAUGGCAAGGCCAAGGCCACCCUUGGGGGUCAGGGACUCCCUGGAGCCAGGAACCACCCCCAGGCUCUGAUGGCAGCUUGGGUGGCAGCUCUCAGGGAGGCUCCUGGAGUCAAGGAGGCAACGGAGUAGGGCCAUUCAACAUGGGGACCAAUGCUCAGGGAGCUGUGGCUCAGCCUGGGUACGACUCCGUGAGAGGCAGUGGCAACCCUAAUAAUGAGUGCAUCAACUCUCCUCCGUCUGGUUCAGAUGGAAGCUCUGGAAACUCUGGGGGAAGCAGCAGCAAUGGUGGCAGUAAUGGCAGUGGUAGCGGCAGCAGUGGUAGUGGAGGCAGCAAUAGCAAUGGAGGCAGCAGCAGUUAUGGUGGCAACAACGGUUAUGGAAGCAACAACGGUUAUAAUGGCAAUAGCGGUUAUGGUGGCACCAGUGGUUACAGUGACAGUUACAGUAACAACAACGGCUAUAGUGGCAGCAGUUCUGGCUCCAGCGGGCAGGUCUCCAACACUGGCUCUUCCUCUGGCAGUAGUGGUGGUGGAAGCAACGGAAGAAACACCCCAGGGUGUGAAAACUCUGGGAAUGAAGUCCGUGUAUCUUCAGGGUCAGCGGGUCAGGCCUACAGAGGGGCACAAGGAGGUGGCUCUGGUGACAUCCGGGAAAUCAGCACACAGGCCAACCGUAUCCUUGCACGCACCCAAGGCAGUUACCAGGGCCAAGGGUACAACGGAGGGAAUGAAUAUGCCAAUGGAUUCAAUUCUAUGAGGUAUCAGACAUCGCCUGGAAUCUUCCACUUUGACGAUUUCUGGAAGAAUCUCAGGUCCAAGCUGGAUAUCAUUAACUGGGAUGCCAUCAGCAAGAGCCAACCCUCCUCUGUUGGCACUCGAGCCCGCCUGUACUUCAGCCGUCUCUGGGAGGAUUUCAAACACAACACUCCUUUCCUGAACUGGAAAGCCAUUACUGAGGGAACCAAGGCAUCUUUGGCCCAUAGGAGGGCAAGUGGCAAUGAUGAGAGUUAUGACUACAACCAGCACCCAGCCAAGAUGCCCACUAAGAACAAUGACGCCCCUGCCGUUGGGGAGAGGACUCCCAUCAAGACUGCUGACUGAGAGGAGAUGACAGUGUAGGCAAUGACACCUGUGGGUACCCAAUUUUCCAGCUUCCAGACACAACCUGACCUAAUGCAGUGGGUGAAGUUCUGACAAGUCUUUCUGAUUCUGGCAGAACCCUGAAAAAUAUCAGUCAUCAAGGAGCUGGCUCUGUUCCUUGCCUGUGUCCCAUCUGCUCUGGGAACCAGCACCUGUUUUCUCUAGGUUGAGACCUGAUCUGUCUGUCCCUCGCUUCUCGCCACCCCACUGCAGGGUCUCACGACCAUCAGCCUCACCAGGCAAGCCCCCACACCCCUCACCCCCAGCUUUUUGCAUUCCCUCUGUGUUGUGACAUGAAGUCCUGGUGAUAGUUCCUUGGGGAGGCAGCUCCUGCUUCUGAUGUCUGUGAAAAAUAAAAGCACGAGUCUUUUUCCUCUAGGAAUUGCUCCAAGUUUGUCUUUUAAUAUGGUUGUGUUGUCCACCUGCUGGGCAGGUGAUUCAUGUGUUGGAGGGCAGCUUAGGGAAAGCAGCACCCCUGCCCCUCAUCCUGCGGGAAGCUGGAAGAAGAUGCCAGAGGCACCAGUGCGUUUAUGUGUCUGCAUAUCCUUCCCCAGCACUCCCUCCCUACCUGACUGCAACAAGCCGGACAAUGCAGGUGGAAGCUUAUGGUGAGCACAGGAAGAACACAGGCUGAAGCACAUCCCCUGAUGGUCCCUCCCUUCCUCUGAAGGGACUAUAAAGCUUGGAAGACCA